GCGUAAGUACGUAAAUACAUGAUUUUACAUAUCGUAUGUCAGCAUGUUUUAGACAAUAAGCGUAAAGCACAAACAAAACUAUAUUUCCUACGUUGUGAUAGUGGCACAAAGAAUUCAGAGAGUGUUGAAGAUGGAUAGUAGCAUGCCUUAAUGAAGUCCAUUCAAGUUCCAGUCAUUCAAAGUUGUACUUUACUAUCGAGGCAACGGAUACUUUUUAGGUUAUCAGCAAAAACUGUUUAUCUUCAAUAAAAUGCAUAAAUUUAUAUUUAUAUUAGGUGUUAUAUGUGUUGCUGCAGUAGCUCAGGAAAUCUCCAAUGAGCCUGAAGUCUCAGAGGUAGCUUUAGAGUCAGAAGUUGAGACGAUUGUAACUGAAAGUCUUGUACCAGAAGAAGAGGAAAAUAAUAAGACAGUAGUAGAUGAAAAUGGACAGAAUCUUGUAACCGUAUCAAGCGAGAUGGAUGAGGGGAAAGCAAAUGCCACGACUAAGUCAGAAACUCAAAGUGCCAUUAAAGUGAACUGUCUGAUGAACAAGGAAUAUGGGCCAGUUGAGUUGGUAAAUGCUAGCCGACUAAUGGAAUUAUUAAUUCUCGAGCCUGGGCCAGGCAAUAAAACUAGAACAGCAAAGGAAGGAAGACAAGUGCCCGGUACUUGUAUACUUGUACUUUUUUAUGCUAGUUGGUGCAUUUUCAGCAGCCAAACAGCACCCCAUUUCAAUGCUAUGGCUAGAUUUUUUCCAAACAUGAAAAUGGUCGCUAUUGAUGCCAUCAAAUAUCAAAGUUUCAAUACACAAUAUGGUAUUGUUGGCGUUCCAACAUUGAUGCUUAUACACAAUGGCAAACCAAUAUCAAAGUUCAAUGGUACUGAGUAUAAUGUAGUUAAAUUUGCUAGAUUCAUCAUAUAUUUGACAAAUCUUCCACUGGGUCCAGCUGAGCAACUCUAUGUUAAAUCUACGGAUUAUGCAGGCCCUGUUCCAAGUACGCCUUCGGAUGAGACUGAUUAUUUUCUCAUAUUUUCAUGGACAUUUAUAGUUGCAUGUUCGUUGUACUUCACGUCAAAGAGUCGAUGGUGGCGGCAGUUUGUUGAGUUAGUGCAAAAUACAUGGCGUGAAAGUGCAGCUCAACAUGAACACGCCGAUUAGAUCAGACCUUUAUCUAAGAAUCCAAAUAGUGUAUGAUAUGAUAAUUGGUGUAACGCUUAGAAGAUUAUCCAACUAGUUCUGCAGAAGGGGAGGGAGGGAGGGAACAUUUCUAAGAUUUCAAGAUCAUCUGCAAUACAAUAUUUAUUAUUAUCUAUGUAUUGAUACGUUUCUUUAAAAUGAGAUUGGUUAUA